AUGGCCUUGCUCCUCGUCUCCUUGCUGGCACUCCUGGGCUCAGGAACUGGAUGUCAUCACUGGCUCUGUCAUUGCUCUAACAGGGUCUUCCUCUGCCAAGACAGCAAGGUGACGGAGAUUCCAACCGACCUCCCCCGGAACGCCAUUGAACUGAGGUUUGUGCUCACCAAGCUUCGAGUCAUCCCAAAAGGAUCGUUUUCUGGAUUUGAGGACCUAGAGAAAAUAGAGAUCUCUCAAAAUGAUGUCUUGGAAGUAAUAGAGGCAGAUGUGUUCUCCAACCUACCCAAGUUACAUGAAAUUAGAAUUGAAAAGGCCAACACGUUGCUGUACAUCAAUCCCGAGGCCUUCCAGAACCUCCCCAGUCUACGAUAUCUGUUAAUAUCCAACACAGGCAUUAAGCACCUACCAGUGGUUCAUAAGAUUCAGUCUCUUCAAAAGGUUCUAUUAGACAUUCAAGAUAACAUAAACAUCCACACCAUUGCCAGGAAUUCCUUCAGGGGACUGAGUUUUGAAAGCGUGAUUCUAUGGCUGAAUAAGAAUGGGAUUCAAGAAAUACACAACUGUGCAUUUAACGGGACCCAGUUAGAUGAGCUGAAUCUAAGUGAUAACAAUAAUUUGGAAGAAUUGCCUAACGAUGUUUUCCAGGGAGCCUCUGGGCCAGUCAUUUUAGACAUCUCAAGGACAAAGGUCCAUUCCCUGCCCAGCCAUGGCUUAGAAAAUCUGAAGAAGCUGAGGGCCAGAUCCACUUACAGUCUGAAGAAGCUUCCUAGUCUGGAAAAGUUUGUCACCCUUGUGGAGGCCAGCCUUACCUACCCCAGCCACUGCUGUGCCUUCGCACACUGGAGACGGCAAAUCUCUGAACUUCAUCCGAUUUGUAACAAAUCUAUUUUAAGGCAAGAUACUGAUUAUGUGACUCAGGCUAGGGAACAGGGCAUCUCUCUGAUAGACGAUGACCCCAGUUAUGGAAAAGAAUCCGACAUGAUGUAUAGUGAAUUUGACUACGACUUAUGUAAUGAAGUCGUUGAUGUGACCUGCUCUCCAAAGCCAGAUGCAUUCAAUCCAUGUGAAGAUAUCAUGGGGUACAACAUCCUCAGAGUCUUGAUAUGGUUUAUUAGCAUCCUGGCCAUCACUGGGAACAUCACAGUGCUGGUGAUCCUAACCACCAGCCAAUACAAACUCACCGUGCCCAGGUUCCUGAUGUGUAACCUCGCCUUCGCUGAUCUCUGCAUUGGAAUCUACUUGUUAUUCAUAGCAUCCGUUGAUAUCCAUACCAAGAGCCAGUACCACAAUUAUGCCAUUGACUGGCAAACAGGAGCUGGCUGUGAUGCCGCUGGCUUUUUCACCGUCUUUGCCAGUGAACUAUCGGUCUACACACUGACAGCCAUCACCCUGGAAAGGUGGCACACCAUCACUCAUGCCAUGCAACUGGAACGCAAGGUGCAGCUCCGCCAUGCUGCCAGCGUCAUGGUGAUGGGCUGGAUCUUUGCCUUCGCAGCUGCUCUCCUCCCCAUCUUCGGAAUCAGUAGCUACAUGAAAGUGAGCAUCUGCCUACCCAUGGAUAUUGACAGCCCUUUGUCGCAGCUGUAUGUGAUGGCCCUGCUUGUCCUCAAUGUUCUGGCAUUUAUAGUCAUCUGUGGCUGUUAUACCCACAUCUACCUCACAGUCAGGAACCCUAACAUUGUGGCCUCAUCAAGUGACACCAAGAUUGCCAAACGCAUGGCUACACUCAUCUUCACUGACUUUCUCUGCAUGGCUCCCAUUUCUUUCUUUGCCAUUUCUGCCUCCCUCAAGGUGCCCCUCAUCACUGUGUCCAAGGCCAAGAUCCUCCUCGUUCUGUUCUAUCCCAUCAAUUCCUGUGCCAACCCUUUCCUUUAUGCCAUCUUCACCAAGAACUUCCGCAGGGAUUUCUUCAUCCUGAUGAGCAAGUUUGGCUGUUAUGAAAUGCAAGCCCAGAUUUAUAGGACAGAAACCUCUUCCACUGCCCACAACUUCCAGGCAAGGAAGGGCCAUUGCCCCUCAGCUCCCAGAGUCACCAAUAACUCCAGUUACAUGCUUGUUCCUCUAAGUCAUUCGGCCCGGCAAUAA